AUGGACUCAUGGGACGACCAGCUUGCGCACUUCAAAUCCAUCCCUUGGUGCGCGGAGCUUCUUUCCGAACCAGACCUCCUUAUCAGGCCCCUGAUCAGUCGAACCGGCAGCCGCAAAACCCGCGCAUUCGAGUUCAUCGGCGUGACGCUUAACAGCGAGGCAACUGUCCCAUUCCUCCUAGCCUUCCUGCACCCCCCUACCUCACAAGCCGAAGCCGCAGAGAAGAAUCAUGAUCUUCCACUUGAAGAACGCAACAAGCUGCCUCUCGAAGAACGAUUCGCGACUAAACUGUACUGUCUCGUCACCCUCGGCCACGGUCUCACGUCCUUCCGGGAGGGAUUGUGCCAUGGGGGCGCGGUGGCCUCUCUGUUUGACGAAUGUAAUGGGGCUCUCGGCAUAGUGAAUAAGAUGUUCGGUUUGAUGGAGCCCAAGAUGCAUGUUACGCAAUCGAUGAAUGUCACGUAUCUGCGCCCUGUGCCGACGCAGACGACCGUGCUCAUCACGUCAACGCUAACUCGAGUGGAGGGCACAAGGAGGUUUGUGGUUCAGGGAGAGAUGGCGGAUGAGAACGGGACGGUCCUUGUGAAGUCGGAGGUGGUGUACGUCAUUUUGGACAAGCCUAUGGAUGCGAUGCGGUCUGUCAUCAAGGAGAAGUUGUGA